AUGCGACCCAGCAGUCUAUCAAUACUGUCCACAUUCAUCUUUGGCUCGAUAUCAGCUUUAGCAGCGUGUACAUCAAAUACAACCGAUACAGCGGGAUUGCAGCAACUGAUUCACGAUGGAGGAGCAGGAUACAAGUUGGAAUUGUGUGCUGGACAGGUGUACGAGAUCAGUGAACAGCUGAAUUAUACGGCUCUUAAUCAGGAAAUUUCGACUGAAGGAUACCCGACAGAUGAUACUCGAGCGACAUUGAAGAUGGUAGGAUUCAACAAAACUACGUUAGUGAUGGCCCAGGAUGCGGGUCUGAGUGGUGCUAAGCUAUUAAAUAUUCAGCUCAAUGGAAAUAGACUGGAUAGUGAGGAUAUAUAUACAGCUGGAGGAGGGAAUAUAGAGUUCGGUGGACAGAAUCAAAACCAGACAAUAGAAUAUGUGAAAAGUUACGAUCCCAGAGGAUGGUCGUGUCUACACCUAGCCGAAGGAACCUUCAAUUGUGUGAAUAUAACAGUACAGAAUAACGAUAUCGGACCAUGCGGCAGGGACUACUUCCAAAAUUGGGCAGACGGUAUUUCCCUCUCCUGCGCGGACAGUCUAGUCCAGAACAACCAAAUUGUAGAUGCUACCGAUGGAGGGAUCGUGAUUUUUGGUGCUCCUUCUUCGGUGAUUAGAAAUAACACUAUCAGCGUUAAGACGCGGACAAUGUUAGGGGGUAUCAACAUGGUCGACGUCCUACCUUGGUUACCUGAAGGCAAUUUCUCAAAUACCCUUGUAGAAGGUAAUACGAUACAUGGUGGAUUCGCGACCGAGAUGGGCGAUGCGGAGCACGGACCGAACAACGCUUCUGCAAUAGUAAAAAUCGGUAUUGCUGUCGGUCCGGAUGUAUGGUUUUCCGAUGGGCGUUACGGUACCAACAAAUCUACCGGAGCUAUCAUCAAAGAUAACAUAUUUUCAGGUGCAUUCGCCUUCGGUAUGGGUGUAUCGAGUGCCAAAGAUUUUACGAUAUCUAAUAACUCUUUCGUCGGUAAUACAUCAUUUAUCGGCUCAUAUGGCCCCAACUGCACUACUGAAACCGAAACACCCCAUGAACCUGUGCCCCUCCUUUUAGAACCUACCAGCGUUACCAACCUCAAUCUAACCCUUCCUCCUGAUUCGCCAUACCAGUUCGUAAAUGGAACAGCCCUAGGUCUCACUUGUUUCAUGCCACCUGCGAAUGAUCAGAAUGCUUGGCCAUACGGGGACGGAUUCAAUUCGGGUCCUUCGGUUACUUCAGAUGGAGGAGCUACGAGCGCUUCUACCUCCAGUCCUGCGUCUUCUGGAAGUAGUGGUAGUGGUCAAUCUAGUGAUGCGUUUAGAUCUAUUCAGAUUAGUGGUAAAGUGAUUUUGGGUGGUACGAUUUUGGGAUUGUUAGUGGGUUUGAAGGUCGUACUCUAA